GAUGAGUGUGUGCCAAUCAGUCAGUGAUAAACAAAUCGUUUCUGAGUUUGAGAACGUCUGUUCAAUAUUAAAAUGAUAUCUGUGUUCCGACGCGUAGUUGUGCUCAGUGUGGUCUUAAGUUUAUUUAUUUGUGUUUCUGGAGCACCUAUUUCGAUCCAGGAUAUUCUUCAAAUAUUUGGCAAUCCCGUCCGAGAUUUUAAAAACUCUUUCGCCCAACUUUCUUUGUAUAAUAGCACCGAAAGCGAAACAAUAGCAAAUACCACUACCAAAAAGGAUGAAGACGGUCCUUCGGAUGACACUAGCAUGAUUGAAGUACCUCCGAACACAGCGGGAUGCCAAGAGCAAGGCACUUAUUUGGAUAAAAGUGGUGUUUGCAGACGACCAUGGUGAUAUAUGCAACAUAGGCAUAAACACAGGCGUGGCGUAGUCUGCUCAGCACAUUACAUUAAAAUGGACGCGAAAUUUGUGAUUUUAUUGACUAUAACGUUGGCGAGUGUUAGUUCUCAAGGCAAUGUAGUGUUUAAUUUCCGCGAAAAGCUUUGGUUUGCAACUUCGACCACUACCGAAAAAGUACAAACUGGACAAGUUAUAAGGGUUCCGGAGCUAGAGUGUCCCCUGGGACAAAGACGUGAUGCAUUAGGAAAUUGUAGACAACGAUUCUAGAAGUUACAAUCAAAACAUAAAACGCGCAUUAUCAAAUGUACCGUUUUCCUCUUCGAUUAAUAUGCAAAAACAUUAAGCAUAACUAACUUGACGUAAUCGACGCUUUAUCAUUUCUUGGAAUGAAACACAAUUUAAAACUUCUGAUAAACUAUAAAGGUCUUGAAGUUAUCUACGUGUCGAGACCACUAAAGUAUCAGUAAAAGGAAAUAUUUUGACGAGUUAAGUGAACGGCAACUUGUAAAUUUCAACCAUGAAGUGUUCGGUUUUUAUUUUGUGUUGUGCCGUUUUAAUAUUGAAUGACGCUGGUCCGGUCAAUGCUGGAGUAAACGGUUUCUUCAAUGAUCUCCGACGAGGAAUUAGCCAAGUUGAAGAAGAUUUAUCGGAUAGAUUGAUUUUCCGAGACGAUGAUAACGACCAAUAUAACUACAAUAAUGCCGUGAAUCGACCGGUUUAUCCAACUGAAAGUGUAUCGUCUGGUUCAGUGCAACGUGGCGUAGUGGAAUUUGUUACCCAGCCCACUAUCGUGCCUACUCCAACAUCAGCAGGCAAAACAACAACAGAAAAGGAAGGCAGAGAAAAUUUUGUAGGAGGCUGUGCUACAGGCUUUAAGAGAACUGCUGAUGGCAGAUGUAAACCUACCUUUUGAGACCCAAGCAGUUAAAUUUUUUGUCUUAUAAUUUCGUUUUAUUUCGUUCCGGUGUUGUCUUAUGUAAAAUUUCGAUUUAAUGAUUAAAACAAAAUUAAAUGUAUUUCAAUAAA